AUGGCUCUUUUGGUUUUGCUUCUAUUUUUCAUGGCGAUUGUAAUCGCCAGUGUCUUGUUGCCUGCUAUCAAUGGUAUCGGCAAGUUCGAAAUCGACAGAGAUUCUCGAAAAAAGAAGCAGGAUGAUGAAGAUGAAGUGAAUGUGGCUGUAACCAGUUCAUCGUCCUUUGGCUACGUCCCACCAGAUGAAUACGAUGAAAUCGAAUCGCCAGAAGAAAAGAAAUCAAAGAGACAGUUAAUUAGGGAAAAGUUGGAACAAGUGGAAAUUCCUUUGAAGUUUAAGACCACUGUGUUGGAUGACCAGGAGGUUCCUAAUCGUGGGAUUAGACAAAGAAGAGUGGUCCACAAAGACUCUAAUGAGAAAGAUCCUAAUGUAUUUGACUUUGAUAUCGACCAAUUGAUUGAUGAAGACAACAGACAACAGGCCAAUGAGUAUAAAGCCCAGGUCAAGAAGGUUAUUGGCCAGAGCAAAAGUAACAGCAACAGCCCACUUCUUCCAUGA